UUUUCGGAAUGUGCGGGCUUUUAUUUUGAAGAAAACAAACUGAAACCGGAAGUCGUGAUUCAUGUUGUUAGUGCGUCGAUCAAGUUAACCAAAGCGAUGUUGUACCACGAGGGUAUUUGUUUCAUUGUAAAGUAACCAGAAUUUUUAAAAAAAUUGGCAGCACCAGCUAUCAGAAUGUCUGAUCCUGAGGCGCAGAUAAGCGCCAUCUUGGAAAUGAUGGUUAACACAACUGUUAGAGAAAUGACGAAAUUUAUCGGUGGUUCUGAUUCAACUAAUGCAGAAGUGUCUUCGUCGUGUGCGGUAGAAAACACUGACGUGUCCUCGGAGGAAAAGAUGAUCCAGUUCAGCAUCUUCAUGGCGUCUCUGGCUCAGGAGGCAGUGGAGAAGAUCUGCCAACUUUUCCAUGAGUGUUCCUCUCUGCUGCGCCUAGAGAUGACCCAGAGUGUUGCACAGAUGGAGGAGCUGAAAAGGAGACUGGAGGAGGCAGAGACAGAGCUGAUGCUGGUGCUUGAAGGCAGUGGGGACCAAGAGGAGGUAGAGGUGAUGACGGAGGACGAGACGGCUCCAACCAACGGAGAAGACAGAGAGACCAUCAAGGGCCAGGAGAGGAAGAGUCGUGGAGUUUUGGCUGGCGAUGAGGCUGCAGUAAAGAGAUCACCCAUAAUACACCUGUGGAAAGGCAGAACUUAUGAGGACGGUGUCCGGUCUGUGAUAAUAAAGGAGGACGGAGUGGAAGUGCUAGCUGACCAGAUGUCCCCUGACUCUGGUCAGUACAGAGACAACCCGAGCCAGGACGAUGGUGAUGACCCAGACUACCAGAUGGAGCCAGAAGAUCCUGAUGAUGGUGACCCAGGAUUCACUGCCAGGCCCAAACGAGUCUUAAAGUCCAAAACCAAUCGAGCAAAGAAGGAGAGUCAGACCCAGAACAAGCGACUUCUGAGCUGCAAACACUGUAGGAGAACCUUCACAAAGCUGCAGCAACUCAGAGCCCAUCUGGCAGUCCAUGGGGCAACGGCGGAGAAAUCUUUCAACUGCUCUCAGUGUGGAAAAAGUUUCUCAUUCCAGAGAAGCCUCAAUGCACACAUGCUGCUUCACACAGGUGAGAGACCAUACACCUGUGAUGUUUGUGGGAAGGGAUUCACCCUGAAGCAGCUCCUGAGGAAUCAUCAGCGUCGGCACUCUGAUGUGCGGCCGUUUCGCUGUGAACAGUGUGGAAAGUGUUUUUAUAGAGCUCAUGGCCUUAAAACGCACCAGAGGGUUCACACAGGGGAGCGAGCCUACAGCUGCCAGUACUGCAACAAAGGCUUCACGAUACCAGGUAACUUGCAGCGACACCUGCGUAUACACACAGGAGAAAAGCCGUACAAGUGUGAGACCUGUGGCAAAAGCUUCAACCAGGCUGACACUCUCAAAGGCCAUCAGCGGAUUCACACUGGUGAGCGUCCGUUCAGCUGUGAGACGUGUGGCAAAGGUUUCAUCCAGAAGAGUGCCUUGAAGUUACACCAGAAGACUACUCACGCAGGUGAGAACAUGCUGGCCUGUGUAGCGUGUGGUACAGUGGUGGCCUGUGUGGACUCGCUUCGCAAACACCUUCAAACGCAUGCAGCGACCAUCCCGUGUAGAUGUGUGAUCUGCAGCCAGCGGCUCAACUCCAUCACAGACCUACGCUCACACCAGCAGCACCACACGGUGGUCAGGCCUCACAGCUGCAGCAUCUGCUGGAAAAGCUUCAAGUCGUCCAGUUACUUGAAGAUUCACCUGAAGACGCACAGCGGGGAGAGGCCCUUCUCCUGUGACAUCUGUGGUCGCAUGUUUACACAGCACAGCAGCCUUAAAUCUCAUCAGACGGUCCACACAGGAGAGAAACCAUUCAGUUGUGAUACAUGCGGGAAAUGUUUCAGCAACAUGGGUAACCUGAACAGACACCGGCGAAUCCACACCGGAGAGAAGCCGUUCAGCUGUGAUGUAUGUGGACGCAGCUUCAACCAGGGAAACAGCCUGAAAGCCCACCAGCAGAUUCACACGGGGGAGAAAAAGUAUAUGUGUGACAAGUGUGGGAAGAGUUUCUCUUACCUGAGGAACCUGAAGGACCACAAGUGUUUCUACAUCUCACCAGCUAUCAGAAUGUCUGAUCCUGAGGCGCAGAUAAGCGCCAUCUUGGAAAUGAUGGUUAAUACAACUGUUAGAGAAAUGACGAAGUUUAUCGGUGGUUCUGAUUCAACUAAUGCAGAAGUGUCUUUGUCGUGUGCGGUAGAAAACACUGACGUGUCCUCGGAGGAAAAGAUGGUCCAGUUCAACAUCUUCAUGGCGUCUCUGGCUCAGGAGGCAGUGGAGAAGAUCUGCCAACUCUUCCAUGAGUGUUCCUCUCUGCUUUACCUAGAGAUGACACAGAUGGAGAAACUGAAAAGGAGACUGGAGGAGGCAGAGACAGAGCUGAUGCUGGUGCUUGAAGGCAGUGGGGACCAAGAGGAAGUGGAGGUGAUGACGGAAGACGAGACGGCUCCAACCAGCAGAGAAGACAAAGAGAUGAUCAAGAGUUGUGGAAUUUUGGCUGGUGAUGAGGCUGCAGUAAAGAGAUCAGCCAUAAUACACCUGUGGAAAGGCAGAACUUAUGAGGACAGUGUCCGGUCUGUGAUAAUAAAGGAGGACGGAGUGGAAGUGCUAGCUGACCAGAUGUCCUCUGACUCUGGUCAGUACAGAGACAACCCGAGCCAGGACGAUGGUGAUGACCCAGACUACCAGAUGGAGCCAGAAGAUCCUGAUGAUGGUGACCCAGGAUUCACUGCCAGGCCCAAACGAGUCUUAAAGUCCAAAACCAAUCGAGCAAAGAAGGAGAGUCAGACCCAGAACAAGCAACUUCUGAGCUGCAAACACUGUAGGAGAACCUUCACAAAGCUGCAGCAACUCAGAGCCCAUCUGGCAGUCCAUGGGGCAACAGCGGAGAAAUCUUUCAACUGCUCUCAAUGUGGAAAAAGUUUCUCAUUCCAGAGAAGCCUCAAUGCACACAUGCUGCUUCACACAGGUGAGAGACCAUACACCUGUGAUGUUUGUGGGAAGGGAUUCACCCUGAAGCAGCUCCUGAGGAGCCAUCAGCGUCGGCACUCUGAUGUGCGGCCGUUUCGCUGUGAACAGUGUGGAAAGUGUUUCAAUACAGCUCAUGGCCUUAAAACGCACCAGAGGGUUCACACAGGGGAGCGAGCCUACAGCUGCCAGUACUGCAACAAAGGCUUCACGAUACCAGGUAACUUGCAGCGACACCUGCGUAUACACACAGGAGAAAAGCCAUACAAGUGUGAGACCUGUGGCAAAAGCUUCAACCAGGCUGGCACUCUCAAAGGCCAUCAGCGGAUUCACACUGGUGAGCGUCCAUUCAGCUGUGAGACGUGUGGCAAAGGUUUCAUCCAGAAGAGUGCCUUGAAGUUACACCAGAAGACUACUCACGCAGGUGAGAACAUACUGGCCUGUGUAGCGUGUGGUACAGUGGUGGCCUGUGUGGACUCGCUUCGCAAACACCUUCAAACGCACGCAGCGACCAUCCCAUGUAGAUGUGUGCUCUGCAGCCAGCGGCUCAACUCUAUAACAGACCUACGCUCACACCAGCAGCACCACACGGUGGUCAGGCCUCACAGCUGCAGCAUCUGCUGGAAAAGCUUCAAGUCAUCCAGUUACUUGAAGAUUCACCUGAAGACGCACAGCGGGGAGAGGCCCUUUUCCUGUGACAUCUGUGGUCGCAUGUUUACACAUUACAGCAGCCUUAAAUCUCAUCAAACGGUCCACACAGGAGAGAAACCAUUCAUUUGUGAUACAUGCGGGAAAUGUUUCAGCAACUUGGGCAACCGGAACAGACACCGGCGAAUCCACACCGGAGAGAAGCCGUUCAGCUGUGAUGUAUGUGGACGCAGCUUCAACCAGGGGAACAGCCUGAAAGCCCACCUGCAGACUCACACGGGGGAGAAAAAGUAUAUGUGUGACAAGUGUGGGAAGAGUUUCUCUUACCUGAGGAACCUGAAGGAUCACAAGUGUUUCUACAUCUGAGAAUAAACUGUGACAAGCUGCCUCUUAAGUUUUCUUGUGCCCGUUUAAUAAUUCAUGAGAAGAGUGGAUGGAGAAUAAACUUAAUGUUUGUAGUAAAA